AUGGAGGCCGAGCUGGAGCCCCGCGCGGCCCGCCUCUUCAGCCCAGCUGAGCUGCUGGCAGCUCGGACGCGUGACUGCAAGGUUCCUCAGCACUCACACGGACAGAAGGACUUCAUCCCUGAUAGCUCGGAAGAGCAGGCAGAGAGGCUGCACCGGUGUCGGGAGGAGCACUGGCAGCUCCUGGCAGAGGAGCGCGUGGAGAGGCUGGGAAGUUUGGUGAAAGCUGAAUGGAAGCCACGAGAGGGCAUCGUGGAGCUGAAAUCCCCUGCGGGGAAGUUCUGGCACACUAUGGGGUUCACAGAGCAUGGCAAACAGUGCCUGCUGCCAGAGGAAGCCCUCUAUCUACUGGAAUGCGGCUCUAUUCAGCUCUUUUACAGGGACCUGCCCUUGUCCGUACAAGAAGCCUAUGAGACCCUGCUGUCCCAAGGGACGGUGAGCCUGCUGCAGUACCAGGUGUUCAGCCACUUGAAGAGACUGGGUUACAUUGUGCUGAGAUUCUGCCCCAGUGCUGUCUCAUCUCAAUACGAGAGGCAGCUGAACCUGGACAGUUCUUGCAAGAGCUCUGGAAAACGCCAUCACAAAAGGAAGAGGAGCUCCAGCCCCUGGUUACAAGACAAGAAACCGAAGGCAUCUGGGAAUCCUCCAGAAGGUGAAGGGACUCCAGAAAAGGCCAGUGGCAGCUGUGGCGGUCCCAGUCACCCAGCCUCUGGGGGGAGCUGUUUGUCAGAGAAGUCAAAAGAGUCCGAUCCUGCCAGUGGAGAGGGGGAGUCAGACCAAGUUCCCACUGAUGCAGUACAACUCAGCAAGCCCCCCAGUCGCUCACAAGCUCAGGCUGGAGACUAUGGGAAGGCAGCUGGGGACAGCUGCAGUGGCACCCACCUGCCCCGCUGGGACUUCACCAGAAUCGCCUUCCCCAACAUGGCUUCUGACUGCCCACACACCUUCCUGCCACAGCCUGACGAAAGACUGCUCCCAGAGAACGUAGCUGGGCGGGAGGCCGACGCCACCCGCUGGCGCAAGCUGGUCAACCAGAAGCGUGAGAAGUUGACACGGAAGGAGCGGGAGCAGCGGGAGAGGGAGAGCAGAUACAAGAGCAGUGUCAAUGCGGACAGGGAGGUGAGGCGCUGCUCCAACUGGCAGGAAUACAAGGAGCUUCUGAAGCAGAGGAGACAGCGGAGGGCAGGGAGGCGGCCUUCGCAUCUGUGGGACCAGCCUGUCACCCCGCUGGUGAAGUCGGAUCAAGUGGCCUCAGCAGCUGCUGUCCUCCAGCAGAUCAGUGUGCUGCAGCCUUCCCACAUCCUGGAUGGAGCCUCCCGGCUGCAGGAGGAUACAGAGGGCAUGAAGAUAGACUUCAGUGUGUAUCAAGCAGAUGCAGUUGCCAACUUCAAGAAGAACAACCCUGGGAAGCCGUAUGCCAGGAUGUGUGUGCGGAGAUUUGACGAGCAGAUCCCAUCCCUGCGGGCAGUGAAGCAGCUUGCCUAUCAGAGUGAGGAUGUCCCAGUGGUCUUUGCACUGGUGGACAAUGGAGACAUUGCUUUUUACUCUUUCAAGGAGUUCAAGCUGCCUGUUGAUAUUUAUAACUGAAGUUACCAUCCCUUGGAGAAAUGGCUUUGGGGCAAAGGGUGAGGGACUUUACUCAAGACUUAAUUUCCUGAUUCAUGGACUAUUAUAUCAAAUAGAAUCUCUGAUAACCAGUCUGCAUGCAGGAGGGAUAACCAUCUUAUCCACUGCUCCAGGCCUCAGCCAGCUAGGAACUAGCUCAUUCGUAAAAGCAAGAUACACUUCA